UAUCACAUGUUGCACAGUGGUCGGAGGCGGUCUGCAAUACACAUGAGGAUGCCUGCGUCCUAUAGUCACCAAGCUCUCCAUCCCUCCAGAAUCGCUUUAGUUCAGUGUACAUGGGUAGUCUGUCGGUUUUCUCCUCAUUCGGAGACAAUGCUUUAUCUUGGAGAUGAUGAAGGGAAUAUCGGAAUUGUGGAUAUAGCUCCUGUCGUAUCAUCUGAUUUCUCUCCGUUCUUUGUUUAUCACUUGAUCUCUUUUUUUUAUUUAUCUGACUAUGAAGGUUUCGUUGCACACGAUGCUACGGUAAUGGAUGUGGUAGGAGUACCAAAUUGUCCAGAUCAGUUGUUGUCAAUAUCCGGUGACACAACUGUCAGGCUAUGGGAUCUACAGCGACAGCAUUCAACCUUAUAUUUUGGUCAUGAAAUGUCCGUCCGAAGUGUUUGCUUUGCUCCGGAAAACUACGUUUUUGCUACUGGUGGUCGAGACGGGCAGAUUCGUUUGUGGGACACAAGAACGAGCUGUUUUAGGAAGCAAGGAAAAUUAUUCAAGAAACCAGUCAAUGUAUAUAAGAACGCCCAUGUCCUCUAUCGUAAGUUAAGUGACGAUUGGUUUGAAGAUUUUUGUGCACUAUUACGAAUUUCAGGAAUAACUAGUCUUUGUCUGGAUCGGUAUGGUAGUUCACUUUUUGCUGCAGUUACUGAUAAUUCCGUUUACGAAUAUGGCGUUCUCAGCAGUAAUAGGGAACCAAGUUUGUUUUCUUCUGUUUCAAUAGAGUGUCCUAAUUUCAGUUGUUCAUUUGUUUAUAAACACUUUCAUGAUUUUUUGCUAUGUGGAUCUAAGAACAAGCACGCAGUCAUGUGGGAUCUACAAGUAAGUUUAUUGCUACCAUGGGAAAGCCUACCCUCUAAGUGUUUUUUUUGUCAGCGAUUGUUCAAUCUAAUUCUUGAUGUUGAGCACAGGCUACCAAGCGUCGUUGAAUUUGGUGACUCAGUGUGCUCCAAGAUGCUUUCUGAGCAGGACCGAGCAUUGCAAAAUUCUCCGCGAAAACUGACUGUCAGCCUAGCCAAAGUCUGCCCCAGGUCUUCAUCAUCACAGAAAGUCGCACCUCUUGUGGAUCAGAAGGAAAUUUGCAGAUUUGCUACCAUGUGA